AAUCCUCUUUAUCAUUUUAACACUUUUCUCUUUUUCCUCUUUUCCACAGAUUCCCGUAUUUUACACAACCCUACUCUUCCACCUCCACUCACACUCACUCAUUCACUACUAAAACACACACCCCACCCCACUCUUUCUUCUUUGAGACUAUCUUUUGUAUGCCUGAAGAUAUAACAAAAAGACAACGUGUGAGCAAAGCUUGCGAGCAAUGUCGACGAAAAAAGGUGAAAUGCGACGGUGCUUCGCCAUUAUGUAGUAAUUGCGUUGCACUUGACAUUCAAUGCACAUACAAGGAAUCGACCCGAAAGAGAGGACCUCCCAAAGGAUACAUUGAAGCAAUCGAAGGGCGGCUACAUCGACUUGAAGCGCUUCUCGGCAGCAUUGUCCAAGAAGGCGACCCUCGAUUCCAAGCGGUGAUGAACGAGCUCAAUGCACCAUUAGAAACAGCAUACGGCGAACUCGUGCGUCCGCGUCCAAUGCAGCGCAGCGUGAUUGCCGGCUUUGAAGAAGGCGGACAAAACACAUCGAUAGCCGAAUACCGAGACGCAGAAGAACUGCAAAGAAACCCGACGGACAUGGGCAACUCAAUGACGACGAUCGACUCUGUCAACGACAACAUGUGCAACCUGUCGAUUGACGAAAGUGGGCAACUUCGCUACUAUGGCAGGUCGUCGGGCUUUUACAUGCUGCAAGGCAGCAAAAACUUUCAAAACGGCUCGUUUCAAUUCGGCUCCGAUGAUGCUAUCCAUUCCAUUCAACAACGGGUAGACCCGUUUGAGAUGCCGCCUGACGACUUGUCAAAGCACCUGCUCGAGCUCUACUUUGAGUACUUUUAUCCGUUCAUCCCGCUUUUGCACAAAAAGUCGUUUAUCGAGUCGCUCAAUAGCAAGGAUAAGCCGCCAUCGCCUUUGCUGUUAAACGCUAUUUAUGCCGUGGCUUCGCGUGUCUCGCCCGAUCCCCGUGUGCGCGCUGAUCCUGAUCAUCCAGACACUGCUGGCGACGUCUUUUUCGAACGCGCGCGUCUGUUGUUGGAUUUCGAGUGGAACAACUUUCGCGUCUCAACCGUACAAUCGUUGCUACUGAUGAGCAGCCAUCAGAACGGCGCUUUGAAACCCACUCGGGGCUGGAUCUACAGUGGCAUGGCUUUUCGUAUGGCACAAAAUCUGGGUUUGCACAGAAACUGUGACACGUGGAAUUUGUCCGCUGCUCAAAAGGAAGACAGAAAGCGAGCAUUCUUUUGCUGUUUUGUGAUUGAUCGAUUGACGUGUGCAAUGCACGGAAGAGCGCCCAUGAUUGACGAACGCGAUUACGACACGCCUUAUCCGACCGAGCAGGACGAAGACGACUUGAAUCGGACGCCGCGUAUUAUGGACAACUUUAUCGCGCUUGUGAAACUAUGCGAAAUUCUCGGCGACGUACUGCGCGAUCUAUACAUGGUCAAGGGCCGCAAGCAGCUAUCCGUGAUGGCAACGCCUGACAGCGUCAUUUCGACACUCGACCGAGCCCUGAACCAAUGGAUGGCCAAACUGCCGCCCUCGUUACGCUACCGACCCCCGAAUACCAGACUGGCAGAAAGAGCUCCAGCGCCGGCGUUGGAACUGUGUCAAGUGCACAUGCUCUUUUAUACCACCUUGAUCCUACUGCAUCGACCCUUUAUCCCCGGCCCUACCCAGAGCAUUGCACCUUCCGUUUUCCCGUCGGCAUCCAUCUGCACAUUCGCCGCAAACAAGAUUCUCGACAUUGCAGAGUCGAUCUUUGCAGACGGCCGUCUGACCAACGUCAACAACUACUCACUGUACUUUAUGUUCACUGCCGGCAUCAUUUUCAUCUACAACGCAGCUUCGACGGACAGCAUGUUUUCCUUUGAAGCCAAAAUCAGCAUUAACAAGACCAUGCGCGCCAUGGAUGAAGUUGAAAAGACAUGGAUCACCUCUGCGCGUCACUGCAACAUCCUUGGUGAACUUGCUGGUCUUCGCGAGAUCAAUCUGUCUGGUGUGGAUGACAGCUAUCGCAGACGUACAUCGAUACAACGCCAGACGAACGCGGCACCCGCUAGUAUUGCUGUGCCAAAUUCACCUGUCAUGAUGCAAGAAGAAACAACGACUACGGCUACCCAUCAACAACAGCAGCAACAAUCGUUGUUCCCAUUGUCUCAGGACGCAACCGAGGACAAGUAUUCCAACUACUAUGCCGUGUUCAACGAAAAGUCACCUCCACGAUGCAAUGGCUACAGUGUCCAUAGUCCACCUCAGAACGUUGCACAAACGCCGCCACUAGCAUCAGCACCGUCGCCCAGUUCGGCUACCACCGCAAACAUGCCAGUCUCACAAGGCGGUGCUCGACCGUUUGAUCCACUGGCAACUGCGUUCUGGGGCAUGCCCACAUCGUUUGACAUUGAUGAAUGGAACAGUUACUUUAACAACCAAAACCCUCAGCGUCCUCAACAGCAAGAGCAACAGCAAUCAACGCCACAGCAACAACACUCUUCUCAACAGCAUCCUUCUCAUCCACUCCAGCCUCAAUCCAACGCUACACAACAACCUGAAAAUAAUCAUCAUCAUCAUCAUCAUCAUCAUCAUGUUGGGAGACCGUAUUGGUAGUCUCCCCCCUCCUCCCUUUGU